AUGAGGCGGCCCUGGGGACUCCGGUCCCUAGCUCUCCUCCUCCUGCUGGAGCUGCUGCCUCGGCCAGGCGUUGGCAACGAGGGCAGCGUCACUGGCAGCUGUUACUGCGGGACAACAAUUUCUUCCGGCUCCCCUCCAAAGCGUCAGUUACUGGCACAUCUCCGAAAGCACCUGAAAGUGUAUCAUCGCUGUAACUCCUACAUCCGGUUCCAGCUACCUGCCCGGAGUGUGUGUGGGGGCAGCAGAGACCAAUGGGUUCAAGAACUGAUGAACUGCUUUGAUCUCAGAGAAUGUGGACAUGUGGACGCUGGGAGCGCGGCCUCCCGGCAGCACUCACCUCCCCCCAGCAGCCAGGUUCCUGAGCCCACAGAAACGGCACCUUUAGACCUGGGCUCCCCUGCCCAGACGCACCUGCCACCUGCCGUGUGGUCCACCCAGGCACCCACACUUCCAGCAGGAGCGCCGUCCUCGGAUGAAAAGCUCGCCCACAUCAACGAAACUGCUACACCCACUGUGGGCCUCGGGCUUGGGGCUGGGCCUGAGGCUGGGGAGAAGCAGAAGCAGUUGGAAGACAAUGUGGGACCGACAUCUGGGACACCAGCUACGGUCCCUGUGGUAUCCCUCCUGGCCAUCACCCUUGCUCUCACCAUUGUCCUCUUGUACAUCCUGUGCCAGAGGAGGAGGGAGCAGUGCUGGCAGCAGUCUCCAGAUCUACAGCUCCAUUACACACCUGUGGCAUCAGACUCCAACGCUUGAGCUAAGAAUGGACAUCUCCGAGGGCAGCCA